AUGUCAGACACGGCUCAAGGAGGUUUUUUAAGAGCCGUUAAGGAUUGUGCCAGUGGAACAGUCGGUGGCAUUGUUCAGGUGUUUGUUGGACAGCCAUUUGACAUUGUUAAAGUGAGACUUCAGACGCAGCCCAUUCCUAAAAUUGGGGAGCAGCCGAAAUACACCGGCAUGUCGGAUUGCGUUCGAAAAAUUAGGAAAAACGAAGGAUUAAGGGCGUUCUACAAGGGAACAACAACUCCUUUAGUUGGCAUUGGAGCAUGUGUCUCAACCCAAUUUGUCGUCUUGGAAUUUAUGAAGAGAUUUUUUAAUGGAGUAAACGGGAACACAGGAGCACCUCUUACGAAUUCUCAGCUAUAUUGCGCUGGCGCAAUCGCAGGGACAGCCAAUUCAAUUAUCUCCGGUCCAGUUGAGCACAUUCGUACUCGCCUUCAGGUUCAGGUAACGCCCACAAAAGUUACAUCACCCAAGAUGGCCGCUCACCCCACCUAUUCUGGCCCAAUCGAUUGUAUUAAAAAAAUUUAUUUAUCUCAUGGUAUCAAAGGGAUUUACAAAGGUCAGAUGAUUACCAUGGCCCGGGAAUUCCAAGGAUAUGGUGCUUAUUUCCUUGUAUACGAAUUUUUGAUGCAACGUUCCAUGGUCAAAGAAAACAAACAAAGACAUGAAGUACAAAGUUGGAAAUCUUGCAUGUUUGGCGCAGCAGCAGGUUAUAGCAUGUGGUCAUCAGUAUACCCGAUUGAUGUGAUCAAGAGCAAAUUACAAACCGAUGGUUUCAAUCAACAGACCCGUCAAUAUACUAGUGCUUUAGAUUGUGCAAGAAAGACUUUUUCGAAAGAAGGAGUCAAAGGCUUCUUUCGAGGUUUUGGUGCAUGCAUGUUGCGUGCGGGUCCAGUGAAUGCUGCCACUUUUGUAGCUUUCGAGAUAGCCAUUAGACUUUUCGAUAGAUUAUGA